AUUCCAAAGGCGACGCCAAGCAUCCAUUUGUCAGCCCAAGAUAUUCACAUUCGCGUCGGACCAAGGUUGUCACCAUCAUAGUCGCGACAUUUUCAUUUUUCAGGACAACAUCACUGCAUAUCUCAAUCCUGCCUGAUUGAAGCCUGUUCCUAUCUGACUUCAAAAUCCACUGGUGAUCAUGGCGAAUUACCUCGCCUCCAUCUUCGGUACUGAGCAAGACAAGGUCAACUGCUCUUUCUACUACAAGAUUGGCGCAUGUCGUCACGGCGACCGAUGUUCACGAAAGCAUGUCAAACCUUCAUACUCGCAGACGAUCCUUCUGCCCAAUCUAUAUCAAAACCCAGCCUUCGACCCUAAGAACAAGAUGAACGCGUCGCAACUGCAGAAUCACUUUGAUGCAUUUUACGAAGACUUUUGGUGCGAGAUGUGCAAGUUUGGCGAGAUCGAGGAGGUUGUCGUGUGCGACAACAAUAAUGAUCAUCUCAUCGGCAACGUCUAUGCACGUUUUAAAUACGAAGACUGUGCUCAAAAGGCUUGCGACGCUCUGAACUCCCGCUGGUACGCCGCGCGCCCUAUAUACUGCGAGCUUUCUCCGGUAACAGAUUUCCGCGAGGCGUGCUGUAGACUGAAUUCCGGGGAGGGCUGUGUGCGCGCUGGGUUCUGCAACUUUAUACACCGGAAGGAGCCCAGUGCGGAGCUGGAUCGCGACCUGGAAUUGAGCACGAAGAAGUGGCUGAAGCUAAGGGGUCGUGAUGAGAGGAGUAUGACGAGGAGUCCGAGUCCAGAGCCGACACGAAAAAGAUUUUGAGGGAUUAAGAAGAUCAAACUCAACACAUACGGUUGCUUGAUGAGCGAAGCGGCCUGGUUAAGGACUUACUAGACUUCCUUUCGACCAUUUUGGAUGCCCAAAGCACAGGUCUUGGAUUUCUAUCUGGUCAGCGGAUGCAGCAAGCAGCCCCGACACCAAGGUGACGACUGCGAGUCUGGCAUGAA